GCUGGAAUCCUAAGUCAUUAAACCGCGCUUGUUCCGGAUUGACAGCUAUCUUACUGUCACUCAAAAAAUGCCCCAUGAUCCGGUAUCAAAACUCCUCUGAGAUGGCCAAGCGACUUGCUGACAACGUCAGACAAGUGAUCUCCAAAGAUGCCGGUUUGUUUGACUUUCGGAGGACAGACGUCCCGCCAUUGCUGUUGAUUAUUGAUAGAAGGGAUGAUCCAGUAACUCCCCUACUUAAUCAGUGGACGUACCAAGCAAUGGUUCAUGAGUUGCUGACCAUCAAGAACAAUCGCAUUGACCUGUCCAAAGUCCCAGGCAUCUCAAGUGACCUACAGGAAGUAGUGUUGUCUUCAGAACAUGAUGAAUUCUAUGCCAAUAACCUAUACAACAACUUUGGUGAAAUUGGAUCAAAUAUUAAAGGCUUAAUGGACGAAUUCCAAGCUAAAACGCAGAACAACAAAAAGAUAGAAUCCAUAGCAGAUAUGAAAGCUUUUGUGGAGAAUUACCCACAAUUCAAGAAGAUGUCUGGUACGGUUGCUAAACAUGUGACUGUUGUUGGUGAAUUGUCGCGGCUUGUCAGCAAGUACAACUUGAUGGAAGUAUCAGAGGUUGAGCAAGACUUGGUUUGCCAGUCGGAUCAUAAUGAGGCAUUGAAAAAAAUACGGGCACUGAUUGUGAAUGAAAGAGUCCGAGAAGUGGAUGCUUGUCGGCUAGUGGCGCUUUAUGGACUUCGUCAUGAGAAUCACAGUAAUAAUGAUUACGUAGGUCUUUUGCAGACGUUGAAUAGGCGAGGCAUCAGUGACAAGAACAAGGCGAUGGUUCGUUCCAUUAAGGACUUUGGCGGGUCAAGGAUGAGAGGAAGUGAUCUCUUUGGACAAAAAGGAGCUAUCACAAUGACAAAGAAAUUCUUCCAAGGAAUGAAGGGGGUUGAAAAUAUUUAUACUCAGCACACACCAUUACUACAAGAAACUUUGGACCAACUGAUCAAGGGAAAGUUAAAGGAAGCCUCAUUUCCUUACCUAGGGACUGGACAACUCAAAAACAGACCACAAGAUGUCAUUGUGUUUAUGGUUGGUGGCAUCACCUAUGAGGAAGCAUUUGCUGUCUACAAUUUGAAUAAAACAACACCUGGAGUACGGAUCGUCUUAGCAGGCACCUGCAUUCACAACUCAACAUCGUUUAUGGAGGAGGUUUCAGUUGCUCAGCAAGGUAUGUACUGAUGCCAGAAUCCAAGACAAAUGCACAAGCAUGAAAUGUAAACUUUGUAAAAAUGUACAGAGAGACUUAAAAUACUGUUCCAGUUAUCGUCAUGGCUAGAGAUAAUCUCUCUAUAGAAUGAAUUUUAAGCCAAUUGUGAUGUCAUCGUUUGACCUUUCACAAUUUUCUAUCCAUUCCUGGCACUAUUAGUGCUCUGUUUAAUCUUUUAUCAGUUCAAUAAAGUCCUACAAUUUGUAAUUUGAUGACACAAUAUUUACAAUUAGUUGGAAAACAGUUCCUUAAAGAAGAAACCAAAUUCAGCAUGCAGUAUUUUAAAUUGACUGAUAAAACAAUUUGUGUGCCACAUUUUUCCAGGUGCUUUAAAAAAUUGCUUUUAGCUAUACAGGCCUUGCCCAGUUUUAGAAUUAACUAAUAGCUUCUGAAGGUGCUAAUUUUCUGAAAGUGCCUGAAAAACUGGUAUAAUAUAUAAUUGCCAGGUAAGUACUGUAUACAAAACGGGCAAAUGGUUAAGAUAUACGCUUAUGUAUAAUAGAUAAAAAUAUCUAUACAUAUAGGUUUUAAUACAUUAUACAGUUAAACUUUCCUUAGUCGACUUUGCCUAACUAGAAUAAUUUCAAAGUCGAUCAUAUUUUACAUGGCAAAUUGUUGUGUUUUCCAUUAAUUAACGAUUUGUAAUUCAAAUUUUAUCUAAGUCAAAAAAAUAUUCAAUGCCAUUUUGGAUCCGACUUAGGCAAGUUCAACUGUAUGUGUAAUAUAAUAAAUAGCAAGUUAUGCUAUAGUUUUUAUAUCAUUUAAAAUAUAAUAAAGUUAGACAUGCUAUAUAGAUUUUUAUUUGGUAGAACAAAAAUGUAAAUCCUAAAUUUAUAUCUUCUUCCCAUUGUUAGACCAAAAUUAAUUAUUGCUUUUUUUCAAAGACAUUUAAAAGAGUUUAAUGCCUAAUAGGUGGAUAACUUUUUUUUAUAACACAUACAUUAGUAUGUACAGUAAAUAAAAAUUGACCUAGAGGUCAAGGAAGGUGCAAUAUUUUACCAGUUAUUUUCUAAUUUCAUAAUUGUUAGUUUCUGGUAGAACCUUUGUCCAAUAGAUAUCAAUGUUUAUAGAAGAAAAAUCAGAGAUGUAGGUAACAUUUUUAAGUGAAGCCAGAUUAUGAUAUCAAUAUUGUAAUUGUCUGACAAAGUUUGUGUACUUUAAUAUGUUUAUUUUCCAACAAUAUGACAAGGUCGUCGAUUUAUAAAAAAUAACUUGCCUAUCCAUACAACGUUAUUGUGAUUGCCAAUUCACGAUAUUGUGGUCUAAAAGCAUAAUUUUGGGAUCCUAAACCAUAACUUCUCCCCAUAAACCACACCAGGAAUUUAAUUCUGGGAUCCUAAGGCUCCAGGCACCCUUUGGUUCAAACCCCCUCCCCCUUGUUGAAACCCUAUCAGCAAAUUUCUGGAGCUAGAUUUUGAAAUAUUUUUUAUUAUGUAAAUAGAUCAGUAGAACUUCUUUAACACGUUUGCUGCCAGAGACAUGAGUUCACAUCCGACAGGGUUCACUCAGAGCAUUAAGGAAUUGAGUUCACAUCCACACCUGUCCAACCAUACCACUAUUGCAUUGCAUGUAAACUCGCUGGCAAUGGUCGCCAGAACACAAACUCUCGCCCUAGAGGUCCAGGGAAGGUCCUGGAAAUAAUGAACUAAAAUUAACUACAUUAUGUUUGUUCGUGUUUCACUACAGUUGAUGGACAUGAUUUUCAUUAUGGUGGGCGCCCUUUAUGCAUUGACGAAUGGGAUGGAACAAGGAAAAAAGUCUUGGCAGUCAACGUGUUAAAAAACAUGUUACAAGAGUAAUACACAUUCCUUUAUUUUGUGGGGGAAAUUUUACAAUAAACUUCUACUUUAUUAUUUAUACUAAAAAAUUGUCAAGGUUGGUUUAGUCAUUUAGUUUGAAUAUUGUAUUAUACACUGUCCAAAGAAUUACUACUUUUCAAUUUUAUCAAAACAUUUAGAAUACUAUAUUAUCUUAUUUGAAGGAAAAUCAACUAAAAGAACAUAAGUAAAUAUAAAAGAACCCCACAUGACAAACCAUUGCUAAAAUGAAUUUAACAAAUGAUAGAUACUGUAAUUGUUGUAUAAUGUCUUUUCAUCUAAUGCAUGUUUGAUCAUUUCUAAUAUUUUAGUAUUAUUCUAUUACAAUUAUUGUACAGUAUUAAAUAAGCCAUAUUGUAAAAACUGAUCACUGUCAUAGAAAAUGGUGUAAUUAUGUUCUCUGCCAUUUCAAGGUGCCUGACCCAUGGGGUCCACACCUACGAAAGCUUCACCAUGUUUGAAGCAAAUAAGCAACUCUAGAUGCCUGAAAACAGCACUCGCAGCCUGUAAAAAUGCUCUUAAAAGCGCUCCUCCUUAUGGCUGGCUUCUUCACUGACAGGAGUUCUGUGCUUCCUGAAAUGCCUCUGGUGUCACCGUUGCUAGUAAAAGAUCUUUUGGCGGAUGUAUUAAAUUUUUUAAAAAGGGAAUUCUGAUUGGUCAAGAGUUCCACUUAAGACUGCGCAGCAACGAAAAUAUUGGCAGUGAUCAUAAAAUAAGCCCUGCCAUUUGCAAAGUACUUAUGAUAGUGAAUCAACUGUACUUAAGCAUAAUAAUAUGGAAAUUUAUAUACAAGUAUCAUUGGCGUUGUGUAAUAAAUGAGUUUUUAAAUGAAACAACAGAAGAACUAUUCUCAUAGAAUUAUGUUUCAAUAAAACUCAAUCUCAUUCAA